AAUACAGCCCAUGGGUUUCCUCCCUCUGUCUGUUUUUCCCUUACCUAUAAGGCCAGAAGAAGAAACCGCCCCGAAUUCGGCAAAUCCGCCUCAGGUUCCGUCUUCCCCAGACAUUACUUCAACCUGACUCCUUCCUUUAAUCGGCACUGUGUAUAGAUUUGAUUCCGAGGUCGCUCAGAACCUGCGGCGUUCGAUUUGUCAGUCGCCUGACUCUGUCUGUCAGAGGUUUCCUCUAUUUCACCGCUCUAAUAAUAAAAUACUACUCCUCUAGAAGGCGGCGACCGUCUUCCGCUCCACUGCCUUCGCCAUUCACGAUUUGAUGAAGUGACUAUGACGGAGUAAUUUAAUUGCACCCUAGCAUUGAGCCUCAUUUUUUCGGCCAGCCCAGAUAUAUACGGAGUACUAUUUAGGGUUGGUUGUUGUGACUAGGUUCCAGUCCUUCUGGAUAUAUAGUUGUUGAAUCUUUGUGAUCGUCUCAAUGAUUUGCCAUUCAGAUGUGCUAUAUGAGUUUACUCUUACGAGAUCACAAGAUGGCAAUGUUGGUAACAAAGCAAGGACAUCCUAGUGGGCUGAAGAGGCAUGAUUUGGAAUUGCCAAGCAUUUCUGAACUCAGGAGAUGGAAUUCCCAAGCCUCUGAAGAAGAUGAUCCUGAGCCAAAUGUUGUUAGAACCCCUCAAAGACGUUCUCGGGGAAGAAUUAAAAAAACAGUAAAUAGAACAACAGUGAUGAACAAUUGCAAAGGUUCAUUUGGCAGAGAUGCCUCUUAUUUUCCCAGAUUUCAAUCAGAUCUGUCUUUCUCUGACGAACUAAAUGAGGAGGAUGAAAGUGAUGAAGAGUACAGCUCAGAAUGUUCAUCACGAAAUAAACAGCGUGUGUACGGUCGAUAUGAUGAAUUUUGCAAUAAGAUAACGUCACGGAAGCGCCAGAUUUCUCCCACCAAGGCACAUUGUGUGAGUAGAGAACCUGCUAGAAAGAAAAUAAGAUAUGAAGAGCAAAAAGAGUUGGGGAUAGGUUCGAACUCAGCUGCACAUUUGCGACAAACGAGACAUUUUACUAAGACGAAGUCAGAUGAUUGCAACAGAACUUCAAAGAAAGAUGAAAUUAUGAUGGAAGGUCUAGAUAUUACAAGUGAAGAGGAAUGGGAAACAAGCAAAAGCCCGAGUUCUCCAAAUGUGAGAAGAGGAAUUCAGAACACUCGGGACGCAAAAAGUUUGAGUGCUAACCGGAGGUCCUCAAAACGUGCAGCUGCAUCUUUUAGAAAAUAUAAUAUUGAUCAUGAUUUUUAUGUUGGCGAGUGGGAUGACGAAGAUGAUAGUGAUGAAGGUUUGGCAUUGAUAGCAAAGACAUCACAUGUAAACAGUUGUGGUUUACAUCCUGAAGUGAUUACCAACGAAAGUGAUGAUGCUAGUGAUUAUGACACUAGAAAAAAGGAUAAUUCAAGGAGACGUUCUUCCAGUUCUUCAUCUUCAUCAUCUUCCUUGCCCUGUUUGAGGGUAUUAAAGAGUGACAAGAAGAUUGAUGAGGAAAAAAAUGUAAGGUCAGCAAUGUGCCAUCAAUGCCAAAGGAAAGAUAGAAGAAUUGUUGUUGCUUGCAGCAAGUGCAAAGAGAAUAUUUACUGCAUUCGAUGCAUCAAGCAAUGGUAUCCUAAACUAUCAGAGGAGGAAAUUGCAGAGGUGUGCCCUUUUUGUCGUGGGAAUUGUAAUUGCAACAAUUGUUUGCACUCUAGUGGCUUCAUUAAGACAUCAAGAAGAGAUCUCACUGACUUUCAAAGGCUUCAGCAUCUUCAAUAUUUGGUUGUUAAACUUCUUCCCUUCCUCGAACAAAUCCGUUCUGAGCAAGUUCAGGAGAUACUGACAGAAUCUGUAAAUCAAGGUGUCUCUUCAUCCUUAAUUGAGGUCAAACAGUCAACAUUUUACUCCGACGAGCGAGUGUAUUGCAAUCAGUGUUCAACAUCAAUUUUGGAUCUUCAUCGAAGUUGCCCUGGCUGUUCAUAUGAGCUUUGUCUGCGUUGUUGUGAGGAAAUACGCAAAGGAAAGUUUCCAGGGUGUCCAGUAAGAGAAGUUUUCAAAUAUAAAGAUAAAGGAUGUGAAUAUAUGCAUGGCGGCGAUCCCCAACCAGAAACCAAUGAUGAUGUGGACAAUUCACCAUGGGAUCAGAACAAUCCACCCGUGACCAAAUGGGCUGUCAGUGGCGAUGGCAGUAUCACCUGUGCUCCUCAAGAACUGGGUGGGUGUGGAAGUUGUAUUUUAGAGCUCAAGCGCCUCCUUCCAAAAGGCUGGAUCUCUACUUUGGAAGAAAAAGCAACAAGAGCUUUGAGCAAAUGCAGAAGUUUACAGACAACUGCAACUUGGGAAACUGAAGCUGUGAAUAUAAACCCUGAGAAGAUGCGCAGAGCUGCUGAUAGAGUGGGUUCUAAAGACAACUGCUUGUAUUGCCCAACUGGGAGGGAUGUUGUGGAGGAGGAAGAGCUUUUCAUGUUUAGGAGCCAUUGGGGUAGGGGUGAACCAGUAAUUGUAAGGGACGUUCUUGACCACACGGCUGGACUUAGCUGGGAACCUAUGGUUAUGUGGCGUGCCUUAUGCGAGAACACAAAUCCAAGAACAUCCGUCGGCUCAAAUAUGUCAGAAGUCAAAGCCGUGGACUGCUUGGCCGGGUGUGAGGUAAAGUUUCUUUUAAAUUUUCAAGCAAAAGUGCUCUGUGCAUGCAUGCAUGGAAUUGUUAUUGCCCCACUGCAUCCAUUUUUAUAGGCUGUCUUAUUUCAUAGAUAAAUCAUCACUGUUUGCAUAUGUUGUCUGCAUGUGGGGGCAAGGGCAACACCCACCAUUUUUUCUUGGAAUAUUGGCCAAACCCAAAUCUAGAUGAGCUGUAAGGAGGCCCGGCCGGCACAGGUCAUAUAAAACAGUGUGCCCGAA